ACAGCAGCAAUAUCAAACCAGGCAGCUGCAAAGCAACAAGGCGCCGUUUGAGUUCAUAGAAGUAUCUUUUGUGAGCUGGCCGAGGCGUGUUGCAGGCGUUUACACACACCGGCAUGGCGCGGUUUCUGUAGGAUAGUUGCAUGAUUUAUUUUUGAAUCUCGGUUUUGUAAGACGCCGCUGGCAACUGUUUAUACCAUUGUUUUUGUCCGGAUUUCAACAGAUCACUUCUGCCAGUUCCCCUGGGCGUCUUGAGCUGAUCUAACGUUAACGUUACCGCUGGAAGGAUGUCAUCUGUCGGCCAAACACAAGGAAGCGCGCUUCAUGAUUCAGGAGCCGAUAUUCACAACCAGGAAAACAUGCUUUCAAGACUACGCGGCGCAGCAAAGAAUCGGACUGAAAACCGAGAAAAUGUCAACCCUAAGCCAGGCAACAGGACUGUAUUGGGCGCCCUGGAGAACAAUCAGCGCAGACAGCCCGUCCUGCGCGCCGCUAAACAGGUCUCUGGUCCCCAAAUAACUGCAUGCAAAUCUGAUGAACAUGGCAGGAGCUUUGGAGAGAAGCCCUCCACCAAGCCACCAGCUUUUCAGAUUCAUGUAGAUGAGCCUGAUGGUGCUUGCGCUAAGAAACUGUCUACACAAAAAGCAACCAUGGAUUGCUCACCACUUACUCUAAAUCCCACCGUAACCCGCCUAAGGCAGCCCCUCGCCACCAUCGAACUGCCAAAUCAGUUGGAAGCUAGUUUUGAUUCUCCAAUGGAUAUGUCAGUAAUUGAUGGUGAGGAGAGGCCCACAAAUGUCAAUGAAGUCUCAGAUUAUGCCGCAGAAAUACACACGCACUUGCGGGAAAUGGAGGUCAAGUCAAAACCAAAAGCGGGUUACAUGAAGAAACAACCUGACAUCACAAACAGCAUGCGUGCCAUCCUAGUGGACUGGUUGGUGGAGGUGGGAGAAGAGUACAAGCUGCAGAACGAGACCCUCUACCUGGCUGUGAACUACAUUGAUCGCUUUCUGUCUUCCAUGUCUGUACUGAGAGGGAAACUACAGCUGGUGGGCACAGCUGCUAUGCUUUUGGCUUCGAAGUUUGAGGAGAUCUACCCUCCAGAGGUGUCAGAAUUUGUUUACAUCACUGAUGACACUUACACAAAGAAACAAGUGUUGAGAAUGGAGCAUCUGGUGUUGACCGUGCUCUCGUUUGAUCUUGCUGCUCCAACAAUCAAUCAGUUCCUCACCCAGUAUUUCUUGCACCAGCCUGUGAGCAGCAAAGUGGAGAGCUUAUCAAUGUUUCUUGGUGAGCUGAGUUUGAUCGAUUGUGAACCUUCCCUGAAGUACCUCCCAUCUCAAACGGCUGCUGCGGCUUUCAUUUUGGCCAACUACACGCUUGCAGGUGGAUCAUGGUCAAAGGAGCUUGUUGAGAUGACCGGGUACACUUUGGAGGAUCUUAUGCCGUGCAUUCAGGAUCUACAUCAGACCUACCUCAAUGCUGCUCAGCAUGCACAGCAGGCUGUUAGGGAGAAGUACAAGGGCUCAAAGUACCAUGAAGUCUCUCUUAUUGAGCCUCCUGAGAGACUAAUGCUGAACUAACCACCCCAUCAGCUUUGUUCAUUGGUUCCAUACCUCCAUGAGAAUUGUGCACACCUUUGAUGCUUUAUUUCCAUAUCUCCAAUAACUGAAGCCAUAGCCUCGAUUUUGGGGAAUGGUGAGAUUUUAGUGACAUGUACAUUUUUAUAAGCAGUCCUGAAGGAUUGAGCCUUUUUUUGCUUGAAACAACCAGAUAUUUGUACAUUAGGUAAUCAAGCAUUGUUCUUAUAUUUCAGUGUUUUUAUUCUAUUUUUAUGAAAGACUCCAGCAGUGCACUUUAUCCUUUUUUUACUCUUGUUAAAGUGACCUUCCCCUUUUACAUCUUAAUAAAAGUCCUGCUGGCCUUUA